AUGUCAUUUGCAGACCCAAUCGGACCCCCGGGUGUGCGCGAGAGUGUGCAGAGGCUGCACAGACUGCAGAAGCAAGUGGAUUCGGAAAAGGAGAUACGAGAGAAAGAGAACACGUACGCGUUGGUAGCCGGAGCUUCGAUUUUCGCGUGUGUGGCCAUCAUCUCACGGUGGUUCUUGAAUUCGCUGUAGCCAGGCAACCCCUGGUGCCCAUGGCAACACGCUAAGGCAGGGAGUGGUACGUGUAGGACGAACAUCACUUAUGAAAAGGAAACACUUCGAGACGUACAUGCAGACGUUGCAUGACACAAUACUUCUGUGCGACGUCAGUAUGUCUGUACAGUGCCCGUCGUCAUGAUGUAUAUGCGAAAGCUGCACCCGCCUAGGCACACCACUCCUCCUCCUCGCAGGACCACCCUCGCCUGUCUAUAGGUGCUCUAUUCUUGUAUGAGAAUGUCCCGUUAUGAGGCCUUGGACCCAAAUAACUGAAUCGGGGCGCAUUGUCUCUGUGUCUGACCACCAAUUACCAUGUCUAGAAACUCUUCCUUUCUGCUUGGCCGUUGCUGAUCACUCACUUGAGCUGCUUCAGGUGCAUAACCAC